CAUUAGUAAAAUAACAAGGCAACCCUGGACGAUUACUGACAGUGUCACUGUCAAAUCUCCCGUGACAGCAACAUCAUUUCUUGAGCAAUCAAACAAAUCAAAAUUUUUAUUACGUCAAUUGAGAUCGACCGCGGUGGUCGCUAUACAUAUAAACUAAACAAAAAAAUGUGUUCAGGUUACAGUAAAUCGUAAAUUUGUUAAAUAAUAUGAAUGUCAAUAUUCUUAAAAACUUGACUUUAUUCUUGUUGGUCUCAUGACCAUUUAGAAUUUUUAUUCUUGAGCUACAAAAGCAUAGCAAAUGGGUGACGUUGUUAGUUUAUUUUCUGUGUUAGUAAUGAAAUUGAAAUCUAAAUUUAAUGAGAGUAAAGUAAAUUUUCAUCUCGAUCUACCAUGGGAGAAGCUGAAGACAGUAAAAUGGAUGAACGAAAGGGCUACGUCGAAUAAGGCGUAUGUCCCAACUAAGGUGGAAAAUGUCGCCAACGUGUGCACCCAUGCGUUAUGCGUAGCGCCCGCUUCGUUUGGAGCCCGGGAGCUCCUCACACGCUCAGUCAACGCGCCUCAAGCCAUCGCAGCCGUGGUCUACGGUCUGGCGCUAUGCCUGCUUUUCGCCGUCUCCACAACCUUCCAUUCUGUGUGCUGCUGCAGAUCUGACACCAAAAUGAAACACUUCCUGCACCGCUGCGACCGCGCAAUGAUAUACAUCUUCAUCGCGAGCUCCUACUUCCCCUGGCUGACGGUGGGCACGGUGUCCUGUUGGAUGCUACGGGAGCUACGGUGGGCCAUCUGGCUGCUGGCGGUACUCGGCAUCACGUACCAGCAGAUCUUCCACGAGAGAUACAAGAUGUUGGAGCUGUUGCUCUAUUUGGUCAUGGGGCUGGGACCCGCGGCGAUCAUUCUCACGUCGAAUCACCAGUUCCCCGCGAUGAACGACCUGAUGGCGGGCGGGGUGCUGUACCUGAUCGGCGUCUUCUUCUUCAAAUCCGACGGCCGCGUGCCCUUCGCACACGCGAUAUGGCACGUCUUCGUCGCCCUGGCCGCCUCAGUUCACUAUUUGGCCAUACUUCGCCACCUGUUUCCUGAACUCAAAUCUCAAUGAAGACUGCCCAACAAUCAACCUAUUGCAUCUCGAUUAUUUUGAGCUCUCUAGCUAUUUUUGUAUCCUAACUCGAUCACAAGGCCGCUGAUUGUUGAAAGGAAGAUACUGAUUGGUAAGUUCGUGAACCGACGACGGUAAUUGGUCCUUUGUGCUGUUGUUAGCAGCUCCUGAUACCUGUAUCAAACGCAUUCAUAUGUGAAUGUCAUUCGGUAGCGUAUUUAAUUAGAACGAACGGUCGGUGCUGCCCGAUUUUCUCGUAACAAUAAGAUCAUCGUAUUUUUAGCGAACCUAAAAAUGAAUUACUUGUCAAAAUUAUUAUAGUAACGCGGCACAAAUUGGAGGUUUACUUAAGAAUAGAACUUUCAACCUUUAGUAUAGUUUUGUUUACGUAUUGUAAGAAAUCGAUAGACAUAUAAAAUACAUGCGGCGAUUGUCGGCGGUAGGAGUCGAAGAAGGCGGAAUUAUUAAUUGGCAACUGGUCAGAACGCGUAACGCCAAAUAAACAAUGUUCGAAUUGUGUGUAUAUUUUCUAAGAUAUUGUUAAAACUUAUUGUAGUAGUCGUAUCUCUGAAUCUCGAGACCAAUCCAACCCUUUUUAGACUAUACCUAUAUGAAGUGUAUUGGGGUUUUUUAGAAACUUUUAUACCUAUACUUAUUAUAUGAAUCCAGUUUUUUCAAAGAGAUCUUUUAUACACCUCAAUGUGAAUUUUCUAUUUAAUAGUUCGUUAUACAUUUUAGCGUAGCUAGUUCACCGGACUGUCAGCGACAAAAGUUGUUUAACCAUAUUAGCAGGUCAGUGCAGUAAGGUAAUUUGUAUACCGGCUUUUGUCGUUGACAUCGUAUAAAUCUUAUCAAAUAGGGUUUAACAGUAAUGAUCUGAUGAUCUUCAAUAGAUUUUUGCUCCACUUUGUUCCGUUUAUUUUACAUUUAUUUAUUCCUUAGAUUUUUAAGAAUUGCUCAAUAUUAUGUGUGACUAGAUAUUUUUUGCUAGACUUCCAAAUGUGUGUACCUAGUGUAUAGUAGGGAGUGCUUAUUAGGUACUUUGUUCAUUAAGUGAGAACGUAACCAUUUAGUUUUUGAAUGGGUCCUUGCUCGGACCGACUAAAAAUUUAAGGCGAUUUAUCAAAAUCAGUGCAAUCACGAAUAAACACAAAACGAUGUGAGAUGGCAUUAUUAUGGACGCAUAAACUAUGCAACAUCCUUCAGCUGAAUGAUAAAUAUUAAACAAGAUUUUCCAUGUACAGAUUAUUGCUACUAAAUAUAAUAAUGAUUUCGGAAAGGAAACAUACGUAAGUUAAAUUCAAACCUUUUUGUUGGCAACCUCUAUUUACUUAGUCCGCGCGGGCGAAUAUAGAUAAAUAUGAUUGGCAGAUAUGUAGGUACAGUCAACCGCAUAUUAUGUUACCCUGCAUGGAACUCUAUGACACGGUCAUAGAGGCGAAUUUGCAGUGAAUAUGGGUAGGUUGAUAUAUACUUGUUGACAGUUCGUAGCGGCGGCGAACAAUGCCACCAGACGAGAAGUGGGACACGCCGGAUACUUCCCGUAUCGGACUUGACGAUAUUUCCAAUAACCACUCACCUUUUAACCUUUGGGUACAGAGCUUUUGUGUUCUAAAUGUUCCAUAGAUGUCUCUUGUGUGAACGACCAAUAUCUAAGGUCAGUUUCUUUUCUAUGACUUUUAGUUACGGUCACUUUAAGCGUUAUGUCUCCUUUAUACAGAUAUUAAUUCUAUUGAGGGUACCCAAAAAUCCGGUAUAGAUGCGUGAUUUUAUGUAUGCCAUUACGUUUAGUACCCAAGUUUGCCAUUUCAUUCAAGUACCUAAAGCAAGCUGUAAGAAUAUUUUUAACAGUUGAAACCCCUUGAUAAUGCAGGAAAGGUGAUGUGGCAUAGAAUUUAAUUUCAAAAUGUGUAAUCUAUAGGUACUACACGAAAAACUAGUAAUACUGGCCUUAGAUACAUACCAAACAUUUAACUAUUUAAUCGUGAAAACUGAAAAGAUGAAGAUUUUACAGUUCUAGUCAUUUGAUUGCUACAAACAUUUUGAAUGUCUUGAUUAUGCAGGUAUCAUUACCUACUUAUUCGUAAUUUAAUUAGGGUGGGUAAAUGAAGUCUUAACCGGUUAGUCAAGGUUAUCACAGGGUAAUUCGGUAUAAUGCAUACUUAAAUUAUGCGUAUGCACAAAAUUACAUAAAAUUUGUAUUGCUUUUGACGACAGUAAUUUAAAUUGUGUAUUAUUUAUUCAUGGAGUUGUUAAAUUUUGAAUUAUACAUAUUUAGCUUUUUUCUUAUGUGGUAUAGGGAUGUAGUGUAAUAUGUAAGGGAAUUUUAUCUUCCUGGUUAACCUUUUUUAUAAAUACAAAGAGUGCAAAGUAUUUAUAAGUAGAUGAAGUUAGUCAGUCUGGUUUUAAUUUUGUAAAUGGGGUCCUGUCAGUAUUUGAUAAACCAAAUUGUGUAAUAUUGGAAAUUGAGGUGAUAAUGGAUAUUAAAUUCGUGAGUAGUGCAAAUAGUAACGUUGUUAAGCCAAAAAUAUUCGUAUGUAAAGUUUUUAUCUGUUUUGGUAACUUUAGCCUGUCUUCCAAGCAGAUUUAGUAGAUAAAAAUUAAAAAUAUGUAAUUGUGAAUCUCAUUUUUGAAAAUGUUACAGUUUUAUAUGUGAUAGUUAUUUUAAAUAGAAAUAUUAAAAUAGACCGCUAUCCACUCCCGCUAAGUAUAUAGGGAUCGUGGUAAGUGGAAAGAUGGUCUCUGCCUGCUCCUCCCGGAUAGAGGCGUGAUUUGUAUGUAAAGUAGAUUAGUAAUUUUUUUGCCAUGUCCGAUAAACUGAGCUAUAUAUUUUUCAUCAUAUACUUCUUUUGACAUACCGAUAUAAUAGUUAUGUAUAUUCCAUUCCUAAUAAAAGUUUAUAUUCCUAAAUCCAGCCCACCGUUAGAAUACAAAGUAUGUAUGUACUCAACCCAUUAGUAUGUACCAAUAAUCGUAAAAUAUAUACAAACAUAUUAGAUUUAUUACAAGUAAUAUUUAAUGAAAAUAUCAAGAAGGGAUUAUUUUCGAACAAAGCAUGCUUUAUAGAUGAUGUCUAAAAGAGCUAGUGUAACUUGCAUUGAAAAAUAAGUUUUGCUCCUAUUGCUGGUUUUAAGAGAUCACAUCACAGCCAGCGGCUUAUGAGUAUCAUAACUACGUACUAAAGACUUUAAGUUUUGACUGCUAUUAUCUUCAUUUUAAUAAUACGUAAAAUAGGGGUGCAAUAUGUGAUUGAUGUCUAAUGAGCUUGAAAAUCAAACAAAAGGACAUCUUUUUUUAAGAAAGUAUAAAGCGAGGCACUUGAUUUGAAAAUAAUCUCGAUAUGUAUGUUAAUGUAUUUAUUAUAUAAUGGGUACUGUAGUAGAUUUAAGAGUUACAUCAUUAAUACAUACUUCAAUAUAGCCCAGAAGCAUGGUGAAACCCAGCAUCAAGCUAUUGUUAUAAUUUACAAAUAGAAAAAUUACGUGCGUAAUUAAAUGUAAUUUUUAAUUGCCUCCAUUUUAACCUAUCCACGCUAUUCGUCUUAUUUAUGCCAAAGAUUUGAGUGUCAUCAUUUCUUCUGGGUAUAUAAAUAAUAUUCAGUGGUUGAUAAUUUUCGUACAGAUUGUAUGUUUCAUGAAAGUUACCUUUGAUAAUGGACCCUGGUAUAGUUUUGUAGAGGUUUUUGGGAACUCAAUAAAAAGUUUACAA